CUCGACGGGAACUUAAUCCUACUGCGGGAGUGGGGAGACAACCUCCUUUCCGACUUGGGACGGUAAAUGGGACGUUGAUGCUGGAUGUGGCGGUUACAACAGGACGGGAUGGGAAAUCAUGGCAUGGGAUGGUCAGGAGUACCCUUUCCCGUUCUUUCUCUCUUGUCUUUCCUUUCGAUAAUCUUUUUGCCUUUGGUUAAAGCCCACUAUGAGGAGGCUUGAGUUGUCGAUACUUCUCGGGCUGUUUGUGGGAGAUGGCAUGACCGCGAUUGUAUAUGUCACCGAUCUUCCCGUCUACUCGGCGCUCGCUCCUUGUGCGCAAUUUGCGGUCAGUUAUGAGGUUCAGCAGUUGACGGAAAGCGAGUGUGUAGCGGGCGUCACGUCGUUAGAAGCGUGUGCUUGUACACAGGAUCAGAAUUCUGCUGCGAUUUCAUCCAGUAUCUCCAACCAAGUUCUCUUCUCGUGUGGGAAGACGGCUACAGACGAUGUCUCGAGCGCAUCUGUGGUUUUUUCUGCAUAUUGCAAUCAAGGAGGAACGGUCGCGACGGACCCUCCAGGACCAAAUGCUGUUACUCAGUACAUCACCGAUUUAUCGGCCUACUCGGAUCUCGCACCAUGUGCGUCUGGGGGACUGUCCUACCUGAUCAUGGGCAUGACGAACAGCGAUUGUAAUACUCUCGGCCCCUCAGCAUUGGCUAGUUGCGUCUGCUCGAAGAACCAGAACUCCCUCGCUGCCAGCGAAAGCCUCAAUGCGCAAAUUAAGUUCACAUGCGGUUCGACACAUACCGAAGAUAUUACCUCUGCGCAAGCAGUUUUAGCAGGAUACUGUGGCCUGGCAAAUGGGACGACAUCCUUCCCAACACCAUCGUAUCUACCGGGGAGCGUAUCUUACUAUAUCACCGCGUUGCCGCAAUUCCAAAGUCUCGCAAGUUGUGCUCAGGAGGCGCUUUCGUAUCCUGUCCUCGCGCAGACAUUCUCUGAUUGUCCGUCGAAUCCGCAGGCGCUGGUAUCAUGUCUUUGUGUAAAGGACUCGAAUUCGCAGAUGAUGACGAGUAAGAUUAGUGGGAGUGCCAGUCUGUUCUGCGGCUCGACUGCGAGUGCGAAUAUGGCAUCUGCUUUGUCUGUUUUUGACUACUAUUGUAGCGUUGGAAAGGGACUGGCAACUGUGGCAGGACAGCUAUCAUCAGUGGCAACGACCCCAUACGGCUCGAAGACAGGGAGCCAAGCAACGGCAACAGGGAAAUAUUCCACUCCAGGAGCAACAUCGACGGGGUCUUCAGGAAAUGGGGGAGGUACAAUUCUAUCGAGUCCACUUGGAGGAACUAAGGAUGGCGUGCCUGUAGCUGCAAUCGCUGGAGCAGCAGCUGGCGCCCUUAUACUUAUCUGCUUGAUGUUGAUCGUGGGGUGGAGAUACAGGAGACGACGUUUGAGAAAUCGGCCUCUUCCUCCACCGGUUAUGGUCCAGCCCGGUCCACGCCCAGGUAACCGACCUGACUGGUCGAAAUCAGAGCUUGCGAAUACUGAGACUUCAGCGAUACCCCCAAAGAGCUCGACUUUGAGAAAGCCAGUGCCGGUACCUAUGUCGCCUGUCUCGCCGAUAGAUAACAGGCCCAGCCUAAUUCCAAGUCCACGACCGAGACCAGCAGAAAUGCCAGUGCCGCCACCUCCGUUUCGAGCGGAAGUACCAGGCGGGCCAAAUGCGCAUGAAUUACAACUUAGUGUCCCGCAGCAUGAGGUGCCAGGGUCGAAUCAGCAUUCCGUGGAGAUGGGAGCGAGUCUGAGCGGACCAUUUGAGAUGGCUGGAGAUCCACACUGGCGAUCUUAACCCGCCGCCUCCCUCUGCUUUAUUCUCAUAGACCCUGAAGUAUACGUUAGAUAGUAAGGAGGCGCUUAUUGAAGCAUUCCCUGAUUGGAGUAUGGAGUUUCAUGUUCUGGAGUUGGAACUUGUAUGAUAAUCAUGAACUUCUGAAAUAUAUAUUGGUCUAGAAUGUAUAUCUCUAAAUGGUUUAUAGUUUGGCCCUACCGAGCUUGAGAUCUUCCCACUGGUCAACGUGAAAGUCGACAUAGCCUGGGUAACAUCAGCACUUGUCCAUUCGAGUCGCAGACGAGGAUGAAG